AUGGCCCUAAAAUCCACAUUCAAGAAUGGGGCAUUGGUUCUCCUUAAUCCAAAAACUGGGGAAAUUGCUUCAGAUGAUGAUUCAGAUGCGUUGAAUGAUUUUAGCGAUGAGAGUAUUGACUCCGACGAAUUUGAUUCAGAAUAUGCUUCCGAUAACAGUGGGGAAUUUAGUUUUGACGAAGAAGAGUUGAGACCCCUCAGUGAAAUUUGGGAUAUGGAAGAUGAUAAAAGUGACACUGAAUCCAAGAGUUCUAUUAAAUUAGAUGCCAAACAAGAAGAAUUAGAUGAACUCAGUUCAAGUGAUGAUGAAGAGGAAGAAAGUGAGGAAGAAGAUUCAUCAGAUGAGAGUAACUCAGAGAGUGAAGAAGAUAUAUUUGCAGACUCUUCAGAUGAAGGUGAAUUGAAUACAGUCAUGGAUAAAUUGAAAAAAUCAAAGAAGAAAUCUGAGAAACAAAAAAAGAAAUUGAUAACAUUAAACGUGAAAGAAAAUGAAUUUGGUGUCCCAACAAAUGGUGCCAAAUUGUCAUUAACUGAGAUGAUGGAAUCUGCCAAUGGCAAGGCUACAUUAUUAAAGGAUGCGGAUCAAGUUAAACCGCUCGCUAUUCCAUUGCCAAAGAGAAUUCAGGAAAGAAAUGAAAGAAGUGCUGCAUAUGAAAUUUCCAAAAAGGAAGUCGACAAGUGGAAGGAUGAUGUUGAAAGAAUCAAGAGAGCUGAAGUCGUGAAAUUUCCAUUGAUUGGUAAUACUGUUGAAAAUAAAAAAGUGUCUGUAUUUACUAUGUCAGAUAAGCCAAUGACUGAAUUGGAAUCAAUGGUCAAUGGUGUCUUGGAGGAGUCUUUGUUGACAGAUACUAAAAAAGAAGCACUUUUCGAGCAAGUCCAGGUGGCAAAGAUGUCAAAAGAAGAUAUGAUUAAGAGACAAAAUGAGUUGAGGUUGAUGAGAGACUUACUUUUCCGUGAAGAAAGGAAGUCCAAGAGAAUUAAGAAGAUCAAGUCUAAAAGUUACAGAAGAAUAAAAAAGAAGGAAAUGCUCAAGAAUAAAGAACUAUUGAAUGAAUUUAUGGACGAUGAGGAUGCUAAUGCUCAAGAUGAAUCCAGAGCUGAAGCAAGAAUGACUUUGAAGUUCAAAAAUAGUUCCAGUAAAUGGGCUAAGGAUAUGUUGAAGCAUGGGAUGACUAAAGAUAAAGAAACCAGAGCAGAAAUGGAAGCCAUGUUGCAACAAGGGCAAAGGUUGCGUGAAAAAGUUCUUGGGCGUAAUGAAGAUUCUGAUGAUGAUGAUGUUGAGCUUGAAGAUCUUGAGAAUGCUAGUUCAGAAGAUGAGGAAGAAUUGGUUGAAAAAAAGGCUAGUGUCGGUAAAUCCGGAUUUAUGAAUAUGUCAUUCAUGAAAAAGGCAGAAGCCAGAGAAAAGGAAAAAAACAGAGAAGAUAUAGAGAAAUUGAGGAACAUGGAACAAGGUUUGGAUAUAGAAGAUUUCGAUGAUGCGUCAACGAAAAGUGCUAAAGUGAUUUUAAACAAAGGUAGAAAAAUUUUCACUCCUGAUGCAACAAAGGCAAGUAAGGAGUUACAAGAACAAAACAAAAAAACUGUUGAAGAACAAAAAAUUGACGAAAGUCACAACCUUGAAAAUAGCUUAGAAAAUAAGUUUAAAUCAAAGAGUAAAGGAGGUAAGAAGAAAAAGAAUCAAAAAAAGAGUACUGAUGAUAACAAUAAUAAAGGCAAUUAUGAUCCAGAAAUAAUAACUGAAGCUCCAGAAGAGGAUGCUGAAGAAGCUAAUCCAUGGCUAGGUGAAAAUAUUACUAAAGCAGUGAAAAAAUCGAGCAAAGUCAAGGUAGUGGAUCAAACUAGUACAAAGGCCGAGAAACAAGCUCAUAAGCUUCAGAAAUCAAAAAACAAAUCAAGAAGUGUUGCUUCUCAAUUAGAAUUAAUUGACACCGCUGCCACUUUGCACAUCGGGAAUAAGGGUUUCGAUGAUGGAAGUGAAGAUGAAGGACAGGAAGUUGAAACUUUCAAACAGAAAGACAUUAUUAAGGAAGCUUUUGCUGGUGAUAACGUAGUCAAGGAAUUUGAAGGCGAGAAGAAACGUGUAAUAGAUGAAGAGGAUGACCAGUGGGUGAAUGCCGAACAACCGGGUUUUAACUCUUGGAUUGGUGGAAAUGAAAAACAGCGCAAAAAGCAAAAAAAGGAUGUCAAGAUGAAGAAGGUGAAGGGAAUUAAAUCCGCUGAUCAGAGAACUGAUAAAAACUUGAAGAACGUUAUUUUCAAUGAGAAAGUGAAUAAAAAGAACAUGAAAUAUCAAUCUGAUGGUGUUCCAUUCCCUUACGAAAAUAAAGAACAGUAUGAAAGAAGUCUUAGAAUGCCGAUUGGUCAAGAAUGGACCACUAGAGGUACUUUCCAAAGAAUGACAAUGCCAAGCGUUAUUACAAAAUCCGGCCAAGUUAUCAAGCCUCUUACAAAGAAAUCUUCAAAGUAG